CUGGUUGACGACGACAGUCUCGUCAGGCUGUGUGUGUGUAUGCACGCGCGCAGUUUUCUUGUCUUCACAUGCAAGCAAAACUCCGGCUCACAAGUGCAGGACAUGCUUCACUGGAUGCUCACCCUCUGAAUCCUGUGUCCGUGGUCCAUCCACCUUCGGACAAAAACGAAAGUAAGGCACCAUCUUCAUGACAGCCGUUGCCCAGGACCUGCCAACUUCCGGGGGCCCACUUUCCACUUACAGAUUUCAGUAAACUCGACUGUAUCGUGUAUCGUGUGUGUUCGAGAAGCUUACUUCAUUUGUAUUCAACUGGUAAACACAUCACGAGGGACCAGACCGAGCUGGUGGACCUUGUGUGGCAAAGGAAUGUGAGCUUUGAGGAGGAUUUUCUAAAAGUCGGUUUGUGUGUGUGUUUGUUGGGUGGAGGACCUACAAAUAGAACUGUCCCUAAUUCAUGCUGUGUACACAAGCAGUUUAUUGUCGUCGCUAAAGGUGGCAGUCGCAAGCUUUGCAGGAAGACAUGACAAACGUCCUCCCGAGACCGCCCAAGAACUACGCCAAGUUCAAAUACGACGAUUCCCAGAUUUACUUCACCAAGCAGCUCUUUGAUGGCGAGGCGGGGCAGUUGCCGCUCUUCCUGGUGGUCAACGUGGGCUACGACAGCGAGGACGACAACCACAAGUAUAUGGAGGCCUUCGAGUCUGGCGAGUUGCUGUUUGCCUUCAAGAGAGGAGUUCAGAAGAGAGUCUUGAUUCAUGACUCACACUCCAGGACCCUUAGUCUGCCGCUGAGCUCGCCCCUCACUUUUAAUGCCAGGAGCUACCCCGGAGGGGCGGAGGCUGUGACUGUGAGGGACAUCGUGGAGAACAUGAAGUUGCCGGUUCUGAUGAGUUUCGCCAGGAUAGACAACCUCGUCUUCGAUGUUGACCGGGUCCCUGUUAACCACACCUUCUUUGGGGAUCUGGUCCUGGUUGCUGUGUAUGAAGAACCUUUCUUCUACUGCCUUUCAGUUGGUGGUGCAGACGGUAAGCCGCGUGAGAAGAUCCAGGUCUUGCCUCGCCGGCUGAACCAAGUGGCCUUUUCACUGGUGGACGGUCUCGUGGGGGUCAAAGAUCCACAGGCAAAGCUAAAGGUUGUCAUAGAGGAGCUGGCAGCGGCCAGUGCCAAGUACAGUCUGGACAACGACCCCUUCUUUCAAGAAUUAGCCAUCGUCGAUAAACAGCGACGGGUGAUGACAGAAACCGAGAUCCCUGACUACAUGGAACAAGACACUUUCAUCGACAUCAGCUAUAAGCGACGAGAUGCGCCUGAUCCACCCGGCGGGCCCCCACCCCCUCCUCCGCGGAAGACGACGACGACGACGACAGAAAAGGCCUCGCAUACGAACACACCAGUGAAACGGAAGAACGAGGUCAACAAGUCGAAGAUGAAGGAUGCAUCCAAAACUAGAAACUACGAGACGCUGGUCAAGGUGGAGGACGUAGACGGCCACGUGUACGACUUGGUGAACGUGGACCUUGACAGUAAGGAUCUUCCCCUGAAGGCGCAGGCGCACCAUCCGCUCAUGAUGCAGUCCGUCCUGCCAUUACCAGCCUUCCCCAAGAAAGAGCGCUCUCCUGAAAGGCCAGGAGAGUUCUCUCCCCCUCCUCUACCAUCGAGGGAUGGCCGCAGUCAGUCCAGGAAGAACGUUCGCACGGACUCUGACGACGGAGGAGGGUCCGCAGGCUCGCUGGCGUCCAUCGGCUCCACCACCUCGGACAUCAGCUCGCUGACCAUCGACGAGGUGUGCGAGCGCAUGCAGGACCUGGGCCUGGAGAAGUACAGCAAGAAGUUCCGCAAGCACUUUAUCGACGGCAACCUGUUGACGAAGCUGACGGACAGCAACCUGAAGGAUGAGUUCAAAAUGAACAAAGUGGAGAUUCUCAGGCUGAGAACUUUCAUAAACGAAGGGCACAUUCCUCGUUGAGUUUUUUUUCUAGAAAAUAAACAACAGGAACGGCUGUCUCAGGUUGAACAGUGCAGCUAAUGUCCCUCCACUGUGGAGGAUGAACUAUUUUAAAUAAUACAAAGAAUAUGUGAUGAAAAAAGCAUGAAGGCUUGCAGAGAAAGAAAAAUGCAGUCAAACACCUUUUUCAUAUACUUCUUUUGCAUGUACCGUACUUGUCAUGUGAAAGUCUACUUUAAACUGUCGCCUUAAAUCCAACACAAAAGAAUAAAUGGACAAGCAAUCAGACAAGCUAUAAGACAAGAAAUCGAGCAUCCCUUGCUUUUCUCUCUGACGUCUGUCAGGCGGAAGAAAUGCUGUUGGGAACUCUCGUUUAUAAUAAUAAUAAUAAUAAUACAUAGCACGCACUUUUCUCUGUAUGAAGUUAACUCAUUGUAACUCUCGUGGAAGUCAGUCAACGUUCAAAAUUAUUUUGCUUUUGUUCAUCUGGUGCUUUUAAGUGAAGCAUGCCUCCAGUUAAUACAUAUUUAUUAUAUAUAUGAAUUGUUUAUGUCGUUGACACGCUCUGAAAACUAUAAAUAUACAAACAUCAACACACGCACAAACACCCACACAAGUAAUCACAUGUGAAAUGUGUUUUUGACAACGUGACUAUGACAUAUUCGAGUUCCCUUGAAAACGCCAGUGACAUCUGUGACACUGUGACACUCAACAUCCGCGACACUGUGACACUCAACAUCCGUGACACUGUGACACUCAACAUCCGUGACACUGUGACAGUCUCAACAGUCUCGAGCACACGCCAACUCUUACACUGUUGUUUACUUUCAUACCCACCAUGUAUUUCUAUCACACACAAACCGCACACACACACACACACAAACAACACACAUUUACAAACAAACAACACACGAACAAAACACACACAAAGGUGCGAGCGAUGUACACGAUAUGUAUAUGUAGAAGUCAAGCGAGGAUAUAAACACCAUAAUGUUUUUAUACUAUAAACGCCUUGUGUUUAUAAAGAUUAACUAAUUUGUGUUUAUACAGACUAAUUAAUUUGUAUUUAUACUAUUUGCACUAUUUACAAAUUCUUUCAAUCAAAGCAGGACAGAGUGUUGAAGGAAGGACACGUGCCGUUACCGUUAGUUCGCCGUGAGGAGAAACACAGAAUUGAGACUUUGAGGGCAUCAAGUGCAGCAGACAUUUUUACUGCUCUGUUAUCUGCCACGAUGACGAAAACGUUGAAAUGUAUUAGAUGAUGACGAAUAAUGUUUACCUGUAUAGCACUACCACCAUUUGUUUCAUGAGCAGUGUGUUGUGUCAACAUGACGACAACUUCUGUCAGUGUCUCCAUUGUCUGUUGUAUUGCUCGCAUUAUAUUGCUGUUACAUUGUUAUGUUUAAAGUAUUAAUUUUCACGACAAAGUUCUAGCAUAAUUAUUUGUUGCUACAAUAUACAGUGUUGUUUCCUGUUUUCAAGUGACACGUGUUUAUACACUAAGGGAGAGUACCAAAGCUGGCAAUCAGUAUUGUAUUAAACAAUGACUUCCCUUUA